AUGUCGGAGUUAUCAAUGAAAGUGGGUUCGAUUCGGUGCUACGUCAGCAGGUGCAGGGCGGUGUUGCUGCAUCGGUUCGGUGGACCUGAGGUGUUGGAGCUCCGACCCGAUGUGCCUGUUCCUGAUCUUAAGCCCAAUGAAGUUCUCGUUCGAGCCCGAGCUGUCUCUAUCAAUCCCCUUGAUACCAGAAUGCGAUCGGGCUAUGGUCGUUCCAUAUUUGAGCCACUUCUGCCUCUCAUUUUGGGUCGUGAUGUUAGCAGUGAAGUUGCAGCUGUUGGUGCCCAAGUGAAGUCACUGACUGUAGGACAAGAAGUUUUUGGUGCUUUGCAUCCAACUGCUGUGAGGGGUACAUAUGCCGACUAUGCAAUUCUUUCGGAGGACGAGCUUUCUCCGAAACCAGCUUCAGUUACUCAUGUGGUAACCUAUAUGAUCGUUUACUUAUUCUCUCGGUGA